AGACAAAACAUGAGAAAAACUAGAAAAAGAAGAAAAGGAAGGCAGAAGAAGAAGAAAUUUUCUUGGCUUUUCAAGAAAGAAGAAGCUUUCACGCAACUCCCAAUAUCUCUGUCUAUUCGGGUUUUGCUUAAAAUUGCAGAAGGGAAGACUGAAGAACCCAAAAAAACAAGACACUAAUGACACUUCCCUUUGCAAGUUGAGAGAUAAGAGAUUCUGGGUAUGGAAGUUCUCUCUCACAAUUCCGCACCCUACUGUCAUGUUGUAUACUUAAGUUGUAAAAUAGUCAAAGGAAGAUCAAAUUCAUGGCUGCUCCCACCUUCUAGGAAACACAGACUUUUAUGGUUUGGAAGUAAUAAAAAUGGGCCUCUGAGAAUUUCUGAGAAUAAGCAGUUUCCUUUGAAGAAUCUUGAUAGCAGAAACAAGUUUAGGUCCUUAGAUGUCCUUGGAAGGGUUUCAAGAGUUGAUUAUAAUGUCUGUAAUGGAACCUACAAUGGCUAUGUUAUUGGUAAUAGUGGGGAGGAGGGUGCAGGGACUUUCUCCGGAGAUGAAGAAUCAUUAGCAAAGGUUUUAAUUCCAAGUUUGCCGGAUGAGCCUAAUGGUGAAUGUGGUGCACCAAUAAGUAGUUGUUUUUGGGAGUGGAAACCCAAGCUCACUGUACAUUACGAGAAAUCUGGCUGUGAAAAUGUGAGUUCUCCACCGGUGCUUCUUCUUCCUGGUUUUGGUGUUGGCACUUUUCAUUAUGAGAAGCAACUGAAAGAUUUAGGCCGGGACUACAGAGUGUGGGCAAUUGAUUUUCUUGGGCAGGGCAUGUCACUUCCAUCUGAAGAUCUAACUUCAAUGUCUGAGGAAGUGGGUACCUCUGAAAGGAAGAAUUUGGUAUGGGGAUUUGGAGAUAAAACUGAACCAUGGGCAAAUGAUCUUGUCUACUCUAUGGAUUUAUGGUGUGAUCAAGUUCGAUAUUUUGUAGAGGAGGUCAUUGGUGAACCGGUUUAUGUUGCAGGGAACUCACUUGGAGGGUUUGUUGCCUUAUAUUUUGCAGCAUCCUACCCACAUCUUGUGAAGGGCAUUACAUUACUUAAUGCAACCCCAUUUUGGGGAUUCCUUCCAAAUCCGGUAAAAUCUCCAAGGUUGGCAAGGAUAUUUCCACGGUCUGGAACAUUUCCUCUUUCUACAAAUGUGAGAAAACUCACAGAAUUUAUUUGGCGAAAAAUAAGUGAUCCUGAAAGCAUUGCAGAGGUUCUUAAUCAAGUUUAUGUAGAUCAUUCAAUAAACGUUGACAAAGUCUUCUCUCAUAUACUCAAGAUAACACAGCAUCCUGCUGCUGCUGCUUCCUUUGCUUCAAUUAUGUUUGCUCCUCAAGGACAACUGUCCUUCAUGGAGGCUUUGUCUAGGUGUAAAAGGAACAAGGUUCCAAUCUGUCUCAUGUAUGGAAAGGAAGAUCCGUGGGUAAAGCCUAUAUGGGGGCUUCGGGUAAAAAAACAGAUGCUUGAAGCUCCAUAUUAUCAAAUCAGCCCAGCUGGUCACUGCCCUCAUGAUGAAGUUCCUGAGGCCGGAGUAUUCUCCUGAUUAUGGGUUGAUGUGAAUUCGAGAAACAGGAACUAUAUGCGGAUCAAACAGUUAUUGUUUGUGAAGGAAGGCUGUAUCAUUUCUCCGAAUGUACUCAGAAAUUAGAAAAAUACUAGCCAAGGGUGUCUUGAAAGAGAAUUGUUGGGGAUUUGUUUCUUUCUUUCUUCAUUUCUUGUUCGCUUAAUAUUGAUUUUUGAAAGUAAAUUGAAAGAGAGACCUCAAAGGGAGUUAACUUGUUCUUUUGCCUGUCUUUCCGGAACUUAACAGUUUCGUUAUGGUGCAGGUCGUGAAUUUUUUACUUCGUGGGUGGAUUAAAAACUUGGAAUCUGAUGGCCGCAUCUCGUUACCUCUACUUGAGGAUGCAGAGAGCACUCAAAGUGUUGAAA